AUGGAAGAGGCCAAGCUUAAAGAUCUGAAGGUCAAAAAUUAUCUGUUUCAAGCUAUUGACAGAGAAAUUCUUGAAACGAUUCUUGACAAGGGAACUUCAAAGGCAAUAUGGAGGUCCAUGCAACAGAAGUAUCAAGGAUCCACAAAGGUGAAAAGAGCACAACUUCAAGCGUUGAGAAGAGAAUUCGAGCUAUUGACCAUGAAAGAAGGCGAGAAGGUCGAUAACUUCUUGGGACGGGCUCUCAAUGUGGUAAACAAGAUGAAAUCAAAUGGUGAAACAAUGGAGCAAAGUACGGUGGUGAGCAAGAUACUUAGAUCUUUGACCUCUAAAUUCAAUUAUGGUGUGUGCUCAAUAGAGGAAUCAAAUGAUUUGAGUACCUCAAGUAUUGAUGAACUGCAUGACAGUGUCCUUAUUCAUGAGCAAAGAAUGCAGGGAUUUCAGACAGAAGAACAUUAUGAGUGCCCUGACUGGGAGAAGAAGGCCAAUUAUGCGGAGCUGGAGGAAGAAGAAGAAAUCUUAUUAAUGGCGUAUAAAGAGAUGUGUCAACCCACACAAGAAGAAGCUUGGUUCUUAGACUCUGGCUGCAACAAUUAUAUGACGGGAAACAAAAAUUGGUUUUUAGAAAUGGAGGAAGGAUUUUGCAAAAUUGUGAAGCUUGGAAAUGAUACAACAAUGAAUGUUGUGGCAAAAGGAAACAUACGUGUGCAAAUGAAUGGCAUUACUCAGGUGAUAUUCGAUGUUUACUUUGUUCCUGAGCUUAACAAUUUGCUAAGCUUAAGAUAA